AUGCUGUCCGAACAGUCUAACCAGGUAGAGGAGAAGCUGCGUGAGAUCGAUCCGGAAGUGUCGCUGGCUUACUGGGACUACACAGCAGACUACUAUCUACCACUGCCGUCGGACUCUGUCAUCUGGAGCCCGUGCUUCGUCGGCAACGGUGAUGGCAUCGUCCGCGAGGGUCCCUUCCGGUUCAUGUACGGCGGCUUCAACACGCUGAUCAGUCGCGACAUCGCGCCGAACGGAACCUGUCCACCCCGCUUGAUCAACAAGGACGAUGUUGACGAGUUGAUGAGAUAUUGCUAUUAUGCGAACAUUACGACCGGAAAUACGAAGACCUACUACACACAGCCCCACAAUCUCGAGAUCCUACAGAAUGGCGUCCACAUGUGGGUGGGCGGUGACAUGUCCAACACGCCGGCGGCUCUAUACGACCCCGUGUUUUUCUUGCACCACGUUUUCAUCGACUACAUCUGGGAGCAGUUCCGGACCCGACAGUCGUCCUUGAGUUGCCGAGUGGACGUUGAGAGAGACUACCGGGAACCAGGCGACUACGCAGUUAACAACUUCCCCGGCCACGCCCCCUGGGAGGAGAUGCACGGAUUCGAGUACCUGCAGAACCGCGAUGGUCUGUGGCGCAACUGGACCACUGCUUUUUACGGCUACGAAUCGGCGCCGAAGUGUCCCGACUGCGGCAAUUCGGAGAACCUCUACUGUGACAGAGAGAUCGAUCCGCGCCGACCGGAAGGCGUCUGUGUGACGAGGACGAAGUUCUUUUGCGUCGAUCAGCCCCCACUUGACGUUGAAAGAGACAAACCGUUUCAAGAGCAGCUAGGUGGCGGUGCAAUUGUUACCCUGGGAACUAGAGAAGAAGGGCUGCCAGGGGACGGUCGUACCAGAUUCAUGUCACAGGAAGAGGGCCUUGCUAUCCUCAGAGAGCAGGUUGGGCACGUGACCGCGUCACCGCCAUCUGUAACAUUGAAUGCAAAGGAACCGGACGCACCAGUGAACCUAAAGCCAACGCUGACUUUGGAUUUGCACGAGGAAUUGUACGUUAUUUCGAGCGCUGACAGCCAGGGGGCGCUCGGAAAGUACGAGGCAAUCGUCCGGGCUCUGCUCACCACAACUGCAGUGAUCAUUGCCAGUUUGAUUUAA